AUGCAAGAAGAAAAUUUAUAUGACUUUUUAAACAUGGGCGAUAAAGGAAAACAUAAGAGGUGGAAAUCAGAAAAGCUCAAUGUCUAUGACUGCUUACCUGAAAAUCGUAGUAUAGCUCUACGUCCUGUACUUAUUCCAGCAAGAGAUAUAUAUGAGGAUUACUUAAAAUUCAAGAUCUCACGUGAAAGGCUUAAAAUUUCAUCUAAACAUCAGGUAAAACAAAAGCCAGAGAUGAUUUUUACAAGCAAGCCUAAGCCAAAGUCGUCAAGAUCUUCAUUUGAAAUUCCAAACACGCUUAUUGAUAGACGGAUAAGGAAAAAUACAACAUCACUUACUCCCCCCCCCCCCCCCCUCCGUGAGCGAACAAAAAAAAUUUUGUUCGCUCACGGAGGGGGGUUAAUUUUUUUUUUUAAAAAAAAAAUUUAUAUAUAAAUUUUUAUAAAAAAUAUUUUUUUCGAAAUUUAAAAAAAUCCUAAUUUGCAAAAAUUGGGAAGCAAAUAUUAAUUUAAUUUGCAAAAUUUAUGUUUUAAAACGCAAUUUGUUUAAAAUUAAACAGAAUUAGCUCUAGAUUUCAUUAUACUAAUUAUCACUUAUAUAUCAAAAUUUUUUUCUAUUAAAAUUUUUUCUAUUAAAAAAAUUUUUGUUCACUCACGGAGGGUGGGUUUUUGGUCAAAAAAUGGCGAUUUUUCUAACUGUUUUGUUCGCUCACGGAGGGGGGGGGGGGAGUUAGUAAAAGUCUUGUAAAAGCACUUGACAUCAGAGAAGUCCAAAAAGAAUCUCCUAUAAAAAUUAGAAAAAUUCCUCAAGUUUCUGCACACUCUGCUAGAUCUCAAAAACUUAGUCAUUCAAUUCAAGCGUUAUGCACACAUAGAUAUCCUGAAGAUGAUGAAUCCCCUGCUUGGCACAAAGAGCCUAUUAGAAAAUGAGCUGUAAGACCACCUGCAAUAAUCUUCUCAAAAGAGCCUAAAUUAAAAUGCUCCCAAAGAGGCAAGAGGUUAGAAUUUUUAUUAAAAAACCAGAUGGAUAAAGCAAAAAAUGAUAUAUUAGGAAUGCUCAGCAAUUGCCAAGAAGAGAUAACUUCAAGCUUUAAUGAAAGUUCCAGGUUUAAUUAA